UGCGGGCUCCCACCUGAGUGGCGAGCGACGGCUUUGCUCGUUGGCACGAAACAUUUCCUUGCGGAGCUCAGGGUCUCUGGGCUGGAAAACAAUGGCAGGUGAAGACUGUGUAAGAAAACGCCAGACUGGCUCCACUGCGACCUACAGGACCUCUGAGAACGAAGAAACGCAGAGGAGGUCUGAGGGCGAGAGGUCGUUCCAAAACUCAAGCAACGGCCGGGUUGAUGUCGACCAUGUGAUAACAAGGAAAAUGCAGCUAAUAGCAGAAGCUGAGCAAUUGAAGCCAGCUUUCAUGAAGGAGGUGGACAGUCACUUCACAGAGUUUGUGAACAGUUUGGUGGCAAAAUCGGCGCUCCUGGAUUCUUCAUCUUCCCUCUUUCCAGCUCCUUGCUCAGAGAAGGACCUACACAAAGCCAAGAUUUUGAGAGCCCCUCCAGAACAUGGCAAGAUAUUUACUGCUAGGAGAUCCCUCUUGGAUGAACUGUUUGAAGUGAGUCACAUCAGGACCAUCUACCACAUGUUCAUCGCUCUUCUCAUUGUCUUCAUCCUCAGCACGCUUUUAGUAGACUUCAUUGAUGAAGGAAGGCUGGUCCUGGGAUUUGAUCUCUUGGUCUUUGUUUUUGGGAAGUUUCCUGUUGUCUUCUGCACUUGGCUGUGCAUGUUCUCUGCCACAGUCAUCGUUCCAUAUAGCCUCUUCUCCCAAUGGGCCCAGGGCUACUGCAGUUCCUCCCAUCGUAUAAUCCGCUCUCUCUUCUAUGAUGCUUUCCAGACAGCUGGGCUUGGGCUUGGACCGACCUAUGUUGCUGUAUCAUAUACUCUGCCUCCAGCUUCCCAGUUUAUUGUAAUACUGGAACAGGUUCGUUUUAUUAUGAAGGCUCAUUCGUUCAUCCGAGAGAAUGUUCCCCGGGUCCUGUCCGCUGUGAAGGAGAAGUCCAGCCCUGUACCUGUUCCCCGAAUUACGCAAUACCUGUACUUCCUCUUUGCUCCCACCCUCAUCUAUAGAGACAACUAUCCCAGGAAUCCCACGAUAAGAUGGGGAUAUGUAGCUACCAAGUUUGCACAGGUGCUUGGUUCACUUUUUUAUGCUUACUACAUUUUUGUGAGACUCUGCAUUCCUCAGUUUCGGAACAGUAGUCAAGAAACUUUUAAUCUUCGAGGGCUAGUCCUCUGCAUCUUCAACUCCAUUCUGCCAGGUGUACUGAUUUUCUUCCUGGUUUUCUUUGCGUUCCUUCACUGUUGGCUUAAUGCGUUUGCUGAAAUGCUGCGCUUUGCAGAUAGGAUGUUCUACAAGGACUGGUGGAACUCUACUUCCUAUGCAAACUACUACCGAACCUGGAAUGUAGUAGUACAUGACUGGCUCUAUUACUAUGCCUACAGGGACUUCCUUUGGUUUUUUGGUAAGAAAUUCAAAGCAGCAGCUAUGCUGUUAGUCUUCACUGUCUCAGCUGCUGUGCAUGAAUAUGUCCUGAUUAUCUGCUUUGGCUACUUCUAUCCAGUUCUCUUUUGCCUCUUCAUGUGCUUUGGAAUGGUCUUCAACUUCAUUCUUAAUGACCGUCGGAAGGGCCCCAUCUGGAAUGUGAUCAUGUGGACAUCUCUUUUCCUGGGCCAAGGUGUCAUCAUUUGCCUCUAUAGCCAGGAGUGGUAUGCCCGCCAGUACUGCCCUCUGGAAAAUCCCACAUUUCUGGACUACUUAAAACCACGCUCAUGGUCAUGUCACGUGCAGAUGUAAAAGUGGUAUGUUCUGGCUGCAUCUUCGACACAGAAGAUCAGAGUCGUCCUCCAAGCAUUCGGACCAAUGACCUAACUCACUACAGACUUUAUUUUAUAGAGGAAAUUGUGCCCCCUGCUUACUGGGGAGAAACUAUAAUAUUUUUUGUAACUCUACUGAAGCAACCCAGUUGAUCUGGAUUGCGACAGGCUUCACAGGUGGCAUCUGGUGCUUGCUGUCCCACUUUGAGCCAUUUCCAUGCUAGUAAAACAUUGAGCUGAAGGUGGAGUCUACUGGAAUCUUACCCCUCCGGGGGUCCCCCAAGUUGCUGCUCUUCUGGACAAUAGAUAUUCUGGUCAGAUUUGCUAGUAGCUCACUGUUGGCCUCCGUCCAUCUUCCUUCGCCAUCCCUUUGCAAUUAUUUUUCCUUUCUGAUAAGGGGAUGUUUUGGUGGAACUCGUAUUAUUUGUUGGUGCCACAGCAACAAACGGGAUCACAAGUGGCAGAGCAACAGAUUAUAUGUGUCCUUGCUGUGAAAAUAGCCAAAGUGUUCCUGGAUGGCUUUGAGAACUACAUUCUACUUAUCUCAGCUGCCCAGCGAUUCAAAAUGGGUAGAGGAAGAGGGGAUUGUCAACUUACUUGUGGUUGCAUUGGAAAAUCGGUUCUUUCUGGCUUUACAAGGAUUUGCUGUGUUCAGAAGCAGGGCAUGUGUUUGCCAUUCUUAUAAGUCCUUUUUUGGUUUUCAUAGAUGAGUCCAAUCUCUGUAUAUAAGUUUCCAACUGACUUAUGUCCCUGUGCUCUGAAGGCCCUGUGACUUGAGGAAUAGUUGUUUUUUUGUUGUUUUGUUUUUGUAGCUUUUAUUGUUGCUCCAAAAUGAUCAGUUCUCGUAAUACAUUUUUUACAAGUUAAAGAGCUUUUGCUUUAAUUAGGCAGGUGAUUUAAGGUAUACAAGUUGUUAGGCUUUCUUUAGUGAGAAAGCUCUGAAAUACUAUGACCCAACCAUAAGAAAAUGCAAUUGACUUUACAGGUACUUUGUGCAUUCUUAUUUGAAAUGGCUACAUCAAAUCCAGUGCCAGCAGGUCUUGGUGCCUCUUGCCAGCAUGUAUUAUAACAGCUUCUAACACCCUGUCAAUGGGGAAUAAGGUUAGUCCCAGUGGCUGGAGUCAGAGCUGCUUUUCCUUUCAUUUGUCUGCAUCUGCUCUUGCAGCAGGGAGGAUUUCAGGUGAAGAUCAGUUUCCUAGGCAUUGCUCUCUCCUUCCAAAGAGGAAGGACAGUGCUCCCAUACAUACUGUUAUGGGGAGAAGUAUAUAUAGAUUUGGUGUGUCAAUAUCUCUCUUGCAACAGCAGUUACCUGAUCUAUCAGGCAGAGUCCUUUCAGUUUUCCUUUCUGUGCUUAGAGUUUGACAAAGCCAGAUCAUAAAUAUUACUCAGGUACAUAUCUCUCCAGUUUUACUGCAGUGUCAGCUCCCAUUAUUGGAGGGGAAGGGUGACCUGAUUAGAGGUACCUUAACUCUGACCAGAGGAAUUUCUCGAUUACUCAAGUGUUCUUUAUGGGCCCUUCUCAGUAAGGGCUUUUCCUUACAGACCUUCAGCCUAGAUAUUGUAUACCAGUGGCAUUGGGACUCUUGAUGAACUUGUCUCUCAGUCCACUUAAGACUAUCUUUUGGGCUACUAUUGUUACUAACCCGAGUCAAAAAUAAUUUCAUAAAAGCUUGGUAAUAUUUCAACUCUUUCUGGUUUUCAGUUUCCAGUGAAAAAUCCUGCUCUUCAGAACAUUCAUUGUGUCAGAUUAAAUUUGCCAGAUCCGGGUUUUGCAUAUAUGGCUCUCCUAGUUAAAAACAAACAAACUACUAGAACUGAUUUACUGAAACAGUUCUGUUUUAUUCAUAAACUCCCUCUGAAAUUACUCAAACUUGGCAGUAUUAGUGUAUAAAAUCCUGAGAAUGAGAUGGAUUACUUUCUCCUCAUUCAGUUUGAAUCAUCCUAAAUUUUUGCAGCUUAUCUUUUAGGGGGAGAAAACUUCUGGACCAGUUAAGGAGUCAAUCUCAACCCAUGCUUCCUUUAUAAAAAUAAAGAGUUUUUUAAAAACAACCCCUAAACCCUCUGUGGCCAAACAGCUUUGUCACCUGCUUAAUAUAGGGUGAAUGCAAGUCCAGUACUCUGAGUCACGGUGCUCAAAACAGUUAUGUACAGAUGUAAUUGCACUCAAGUAGGGUGUGAUAGAUUGGGUACUUGAUUUUUCUUGAUGCCUGUGUCAGGUCUUGCUACUAUCUCAGUGUUCUCAAAAGGAGAUGAAAUCAUGGCGCUUCAUGCCAAGUAGUGGCAUUUCCCUCACAGCUGGCACUGUGCCAUAUCCCUAAUGCAGAAUCUCAGUGUUUGGAGCCUAAGGCUUGAGUGUCUGGCAGGCAAAACUCAACCAGAAAGAGAUGCUCAGCUGUUGGAACUAGUCUUAGUUUUUGAUGGGGGGAGGUUUUUAGCCUUGUAGAUCAAGGCAAUCUGGCAACUGUGCUGUUAAGGCAUUAACGAUUGGGAUUGCUUUCAACUUCGUGUUGGUGGGUGUUUUUUUUAUUGCUUUUCAAUAUGGGCUUGUUUUCGUGCUUCUGAUAGCAGUGCAGGGGAAAUACGAAGUCUUUUGCACGUUGCUUGUUAAAUCAGUCAAUUAUACCAUGUUUGUUUGAGAAGAGUUUUCUUAAACUGUGGGUGCCAGAGCCAGCAAUGUGGUGUUCUGGCCAAUAACUUGGAUGCUGAGGUUUACAACUUGUCCUUUUCAAAUUCUUAAUAAUAGUAGUAUAUAGUGCUUCCUGUGGUUCUUCCCAGUGUAAGAAUUGUGAAGCUUGCUUCCAUGGUAACUCAGCCUGUUUUGAAGUGGGAGAAGCUUCCAGCUCUGGAAUGGCAGCCGGGACAGCUGCGGCUCGUUGCUCAAUAA